AUGCGUGCUUAUAUGGUUGGCUUGCUUGUCCCUCUUUUACUUACUCUUUUAUUUCGGAAUUCCAAGAAUAGAAAAAAGCGAGGGUUGCCUGUUGACGUUGGUGGGCAUUCUGGGUAUGGAAUCCGAAACUAUCGGUUUGCUUCUCCAGUAGAAACAGCCUGGUCAGGUGUCACAACAGUUGCAGAACUCUUUGAGCACUCAUGCAAGCUGCACAAAGACAAGAGACUGCUUGGAACUCGGAGACUGAUUUCGAGGGAGAUGGAAAUAUCCGAAAAUGGAAGGUCCUUUGAGAAGCUUCAUUUGGGAGAUUAUGAGUGGUCAAGCUAUGGAAAAGUGUUAGAAGCUGUGUGCAAUUUUGCUUCUGGUUUAGCAAAACUUGGGCAUAAAAAGGAAGAACGUGUAGCACUUUUUGCUGAUUCAAGGGAAGAAUGGUUUAUUGCAUUGCAGGUUUUUUCAGGCGCAAUGCUACUGUUGUGA